CACCUCCUCUACUCUGAGCAGGACACAAACUCCAGGCACCAUGAGAGUAACGUACUUCCCAGUGCUGGAAUAUGCCAUGGAACUGACUGAAUUUGUCUUCAAUCUGAAGGAAGGAAUCGACAAUCCAGCCAUGGACAUCGCUGAAGAUGCAGAGAGGGUGUCCGACCCCUUGCCCCGGGUGUGUGUGCUAAAGAGGGAGGAAGGAGAGAAUUUCGGCUUUCACCUGCGUGUGGAGAGAGGUCUACCAGGUCACGUGGUCAGACAUGUGGAAACAUUUGGUGUGGCGGAGAAGGCAGGCCUGAGGAAUGGGGACCGGCUCCUGGAGGUCAAUGAGCUGUUUGUGGAUGACCUUGAGCAUGGGGAGGUGGCCCACAAGAUCCAGGUGAGUGGACCUCAGCUGUGUCUGCUGGUGCUGGACGGGGAGGAGUAUGAGCAAGCUGUGGCUCAGGGCCGAGACCUGAAAGAACUGGCCAGUGCCCAGCGGGGGGAGGGCUGGAAGCCCCCACGUCUCUGUCACAUUACCAGAGACCCAGGGACUGGCCUGGGCUUCAGCAUCUUGCCUGUGGAGGGUGAAAAAGGCAAAUUCACCAUAAGUCCAGUAACUGGAGGGCCUGCAGAGAAGGCUGGAGUGAGAAAAGGAGACCGGCUGAUCUGGAUCAAUGGCGCCAUGGCUUGCGAGCUUACACAUUCUGCUAUAAGCAAGAUGGUGAAGAAGUGCAGUGAUCACAUGACUGUGCUGGUUAUAGACAGCGAAAGUGAGAAGUGUUACGUCCGCAGGCGGAUGCUCAUUCUGCCUGCUAUGGCCAAUGCACAGAGCAUGCCGUACAGACCCAGGAGACUGCACCUGGAGCAGGGCCCAGAUGGCUAUGGCUUCUACCUUAGACAAGAGAAAACCUCAGCAGGACGCUUAGUUCACAUGCUGCGAGAUGUGGAGGCAGGUAGUCCUGCAGAGCUGGCAGGUGUUAAGGAUGGGGAGCUUCUGCUGGAGGUGAACGGAGUGUCCACAGAAUGUCUGAGUCAUGAGGAUGUGGUCAGCCUAUUCAGACAGAGUGGACAACAAGUGACAAUCACCACUAUGGCUCUCCAUGGCCAAGACUUCUACACUAAACUGGGUUUGUCUCCUCUGCUCUUCACUGAGGAACAUUCACCUGCAAAAGAGCAGAAAGAAAAGCUUGCUUCACUAGAGCAGAGUGCAGCAGUGGUGAUGCUGGUGGCGUCCCCAGCUGAAGCUCAGGAGGAACUGUGGGUGGAGCCUAAUAUCAGACUAUGCGUGGUACAGAGAGGCACUGUUGGCUUUGGUUUCCAUUUGGGCUGCAUCCAACAGAAACCUGGCACUUUCAUCAACCAGGUAACAGCAAGGGGUCCAGCAGAGAGUUCUGGUCUCCUGCAAGGUGAUGUGAUAGUGGAGGUGAAUGGGCAAAAUGUAGAGGAUGAGUGUUUAGAAGAUGUGAUUUUGCUCAUGAAGAAAGGAGAAACCACUCUUUCCUUGCUGGUGGUGGACAGACCAGGUUAUGAAUGCCUGAAAAAGAAUGGGAAGCCCAUCACUGCUGAAAAAGUAGUAAAGGCUUCAGAGGUAAAGGACGAUGUGAGCCCAUCUCCCAUACAGCCAACACUCUAAUCCCUGAGACAAACGCAAGUCACUUCCUAAGGCUUUGUGAAAAAGCACUGGGCUCUGUGCUGAGAAAGUGACUUCACUGGGCCCAAAUGUAACCAGACUGGGGAUUGAGAUGAGCUCCUUGACAAUGUUGUGGCAAUAAAAAUGAGAACUGUUUUUUUUUUUUUUUUUUCUCUCUGCAAAAUAAUAUGUCUGGGAUGCUCAUGGAUUCUUUUCUAGCUGAUCUGAACUCUGUCAAUGCUUGGCAAAGAGUGCAGGCUACAUGCAAGUGGAAAACUGUGAUUAUAUAUGCACCAUUAUAGAAAUCUCUGUUGAAAGAGAAUGCCAUUCAAAUCAAUAAAUAGGCAAGUAAGAAAGUAAUAAAGAAAAAAAUUAAGUUAUGUGUCACUGUGAAUAUACUGAAUAUAAAUAUAAUCCAUAGUUGUGAUAUCAUUUCAAUUACAUAGAAGCAUAAAGAUGUUUCCUUAAGGGUAUAGUUAGAACUUUUAGAAUGGAGUGGCCAGGUGAGACCCAGAGAUUUUAAUUGGGGUGGCACCCUGCCAGGAAAACAAUAAAUAAAAGCGUUUAUUAAAGUGUUUAUUAAAUGAGAUAAAAAGUGAUUGUUUUUUUUUUUGUUCUCUGUACAAAACUAUGUCUGUCCAUGAUUUUCAUGUGAGUAAUAUACAAUACAAUUUUUGCCAGAAAUAAACUAAAAGACAAAACCGUGUCAUGUAUUUUGGUCAUGCAUGAGGAAUUGAUGUAUUUGAAACAAGUAAAUUAAGUCCAUCACUUUUAUUCAGUGCACAAUGUUCACUUUAAUAAAGGCGUUUCAUAUAGACAGGCUAUAGAAGUUAUGAAUGAAGACUGUCCUUAUAUACAUACAUGAGCCUAGUGAUUAGAAAGCUAGCCAUACAGCACUGUAGGAGGAAAUCAUGGCAAGUGUUCAACUGUAAAAAAAGUAAUUAGCAUGAUUAAGAAUUAUAGCUGACAAUUUUUUCAUGGUUAACUCAUCUUACUAUCGCACAUCCUACUUUAUAAUAUAGCUUACGGAGCAGCAUUGCUAAAGGGACCCAGUGCACAUUCACUCACUGGAUAACAGCAAGAUAUACUAAUUGUUAAAAAGGAAUACCAAUUUUUUGCUCCACAAAUUAGCCAAAACAGAUGCACUACCUAUUAAAUGUAAUGUGAUCAGACUCUAAUGACUGAUUUGUAACUACCCCAAUGGUAGCAAAAAUAAAGUUUAAUUGAUGGCUGA